AUGAACGAUAAUAAACUUGAAUAUCUCGAAACCAAAAUGACUGAACCGGGAAGUAAGGACUAUGAAAAAAUUCAAGAAUUGUUAAAAAAUGAUAAAAAAUUAGUUCCUCAAUUUUGGGUGAAUAAAUAUAAAAACGAGGCAUCAAAGAAUUGGUAUAUUAUCUCAAUUCAAAGAAGAGAAUUUAAUGAACUUUCGUUUAAUAAUGAUGAUCAAGAUUCGAAAUCACGAGAUAAAAGAAUAGCUGUAUUGGAAUUAGGUUGUGGUGUAGGAAAUUUUAUAUUUCCGGUCUUAGAUGCAAAUCCUUUAUUAUUUGUUUACGCUUGUGACUUUUCAAAGAGAGCGAUUGAUUUUAGUCAUGCUCAAUACGAUGAGACGAGAUGUAAUGCUUUUGUAUGUGAUUUAACCAAAGACAAUUUAUCGGAUUUCAUACCAUCAAAUGAUAACAUUGAUAUUGUUUCAUCAAUAUUCGUUUUAUCUUCCAUACCACCUGAAAAACAUUUAAAUGUUAUAAGAAACAUAUCAAAGGUAACGAGACAAGGUUCCGUGAUUUGUUUUCGUGAUUACGCAAUAUACGAUGAGACUCAAUUAAAAUUUUCAAAUGAUGGCACGCAUAAACUUGAUGAGAAUUUAUACGUGAGGCAAGAUGGUACAAUGUCGUAUUUUUUCAUCCUUGAAUACCUCAAGGAUUUAUUUGAAAAGGAUAAAUUAUUUCAAAUGAUAAGUGGUGAAUAUGUUGAAAAGGAAACUAUCAAUAGAGCAAGAGAAUUAUGUGUCGAUAGAAGAUUUUUACAAGCAAAAUUUAUUAGAUUAUGA